AUGGUUACGGCAGCAGAGAAAGAAAUUUUUGAAAGUUAUCCACAAUCUUGCAGACCAGAAGCUGGAUCUGGUACUCCAGGUAAUUUAGAUGAUGCUCAAAAGAAGGCCCUUGCAGAAUUGAGAUCAAUCUUAGAGAGUGCAGGAUACACCGAAAGAACUGAUGAUUCCACACUAUUGAGAUUCUUGAGAGCCAGAAAGUUUGAUGUGAAACUUGCCAAGGAAAUGUACGUCAACUGUGAAAACUGGAGGAAAGAAAAUGGUGUUGAUACUAUCUUGAAAGAUUUCAGGUACGACGAAAAGCCAUUAGUCGCUAAAUAUUAUCCUCAAUAUUACCACAAGACUGAUGUUGAUGGUCGUCCAGUCUAUUUUGAAGAAUUGGGUUCUGUCAAUUUGACUGAAAUGUACAAGAUUACGACACAAGAACGUAUGAUAAAGAAUUUGAUCUGGGAAUACGAAUCCUUCUGCAAAUAUAGAUUGCCUGCAUGCUCUAGAUACAGCGGAUAUUUGCAAGAGACUUCUUGUACCAUUAUGGACUUGAAGGGUAUUUCCAUUUCAAGUGCUUACCAAGUUUUAUCCUAUGUGAAGGAAGCUUCUAACAUUGGCCAAAACUACUAUCCUGAAAGAAUGGGUAAAUUCUAUUUAAUUAACGCACCAUUCGGUUUCUCAACAGCUUUCAAACUGUUCAAACCAUUUUUGGAUCCAGUUACUGUUUCAAAGAUUUUUAUCUUAAGUUCAUCUUACCAAAAGGAUCUGUUGAAACAAAUUCCUGCCGAAAAUCUACCUGAAAAAUUCGGUGGUAAAUCCAAGGUGUCUGAAUCUGAAGGUGGUCUAUACUUGUCCGAUGUCGGUCCAUGGAGAGAUCCAAAAUACAUCGGUCCCGAAGGUGAAGGCCCUAAGAUGUUUUCCAUGAAUUGA